GAGGGGACAGGAAGGCGGGGGAGCCGCAAGGGGUGAGAAAGGAGGGCGCCCCGUUUGAGCGCGCGGGGCCGCAGGGCAGGGCGGCAGGCGGACGAUGCCCGCGCCGGGCGCCGCGGAGGAGCGGCGGCCGCUGCUGGGGCGCAGGCCGCGGGCGCCCCGACGGUGGCGGCGGACGGCGGCGGCCGCGGUGCUGCUGGUGGAGACGCUGGAGCGCGCCGCCUUCUUCGGCAUCUCGGCCAACCUGGUGCUCUACCUCAACAGCGCCAGCUUCCACUGGGACGGCCAGCAGGCGUCCCGCGCCGCGCUCGUCUUCCUGGGCGCCUCCUACCUGCUGGCGCCCGUGGGCGGCUGGCUGGCCGACGCGUACCUGGGCCGCUACCGCGCCGUCACGCUCAGCCUGCUGCUCUACCUGGUCGCCUCCAGCCUGCUGCCCGCCACCGCCUUCGGGGACGGCCGCCGCUCCUUCUGCGGGGAGGUGCCCGCGUCGCCGCUGGGGCCCGCCUGCCCGUCGCCCGGCUGCACGCGCGUGUCGCCCACCCCGUACUGCGCGCCCACCCUCUACUCCGGGCUGCUCCUGCUCGCCCUGGCCGCCAGCUCCAUCAGGAGCAACCUCACCUCCUUCGGGGCGGACCAGGUGAUGGAUCUUGGCCGCCAUGCCAGCCGUCGCUUCUUCAACUGGCUUUAUUGGAGUAUCAACGUGGGCGCCGUGCUGUCGCUGCUGGUGGUGGCCUUUAUCCAACAGAACAUCGACUUCCUGCUGGGUUAUAGCAUCAUCGUGGGCUGCCUGGGCCUGGCCUUCUUCAUCUUCCUCUUUGCCACCCCCAUCUUCAUCACCAAGCCCCCCACAGGCAGCCAAGUGUCCUCUAUGCUUAAACUCGCUCUCCAAAACUGCUGUCCCCGGCUGUCGCACCGACACUCUGCCAGAGACCCUCAAGGCACCCAACCACUGCCUGACCAGAGGUCUCCCCAGCCUGGCCCUUCCCCCCAAGAGGACAUGGCCAACUUCCAGGUGCUGGUGAAGAUCUUGCCCGUCAUGGUGACUCUGGUGCCCUACUGGAUGGUAUAUUUCCAGAUGCAGUCCACAUAUGUCCUGCAGGGUCUUCAUCUCCGCAUCCCGAACAUUUUCCCAGACCACCCUGCCAACAGCUCCAUGGCUCUGAGAGCCCAGCGCAGCAGCUACAAGAUCCCAGAAGCCUGGCUCCUCCUGGCCAACGUCGUGGUGGUGCUGAUCCUGGUGCCUGUGAAGGACCACUUGCUCGACCCUUUACUGCAGCAGUGCAAGCUGCUUCCCUCGGCCUUGCAGAAGAUGGCCCUGGGGAUGUUCUUCGGCUUUGCCUCCGUCCUUGUGGCAGGAGGCCUGGAGAUGGAGCGUUUACAGUACAUCCAUCGCAACCAGACGGUGUCCCAGCAGAUCGGGAAGGAUGUGUACUACGCAGCUCCACUGUCCAUCUGGUGGCAGAUCCCUCAGUACCUGCUCAUCGGGAUCAGUGAGAUUUUUGCCAGUAUCCCAGGCCUGGAGUUUGCAUAUUCCGAGGCUCCGCGCUCCAUGCAGGGUGCCAUCAUGGGCAUCUUCUUCUGCCUGUCGGGAGUGGGCUCGCUGUUGGGCUCCAGCCUUGUGGCACUGCUGUCCCUGCCCGGGGGCUGGCUCUACUGCCCCGAGGACUUUGGGAACAUCAACAAUUGCCGGAUGGACCUCUACUUCUUCCUGCUGGCCUGCAUUCAGGCCGCCACGGCCCUCCUGUUUAUCUGGAUCGCUGGCCGCUACAAGAGGGUAGCUCAGGGCCCAACCUCCCAGAGCUGUCCCAGCAGGGAUAGGGGCUGAACACCCUCCCCCCACCUGCCUCCUCCCCCCCGCCUUCCCUUCUCUCCCCAGGACACAGACAGCCACAGUCCCAGUGGGGGUUCCUUGAGUUUAUUCUGUACCCAACAUUAGGAUGAAAUGGUUCUCAUAAAUAAGGGGCGUAAGCCCUUCCUCACGA